AUCCUUCAAGGUGCAGAGAAGAGCCGGGCUCUCCCAUCGUCACCACUCCCUCCCCAUCCUUCCGUUACCGUCAAUCCCCAAGACAUAUCCCCGCCCGCCCACCCACCUUACUAAUGAUGCUUUCAUUAACUAAAAAAAUAUUUGGUGGUUCAGACACGCUUGAUCUACAGUCACGCGAUCGAGCCUCUGCGCAGGAUCAUUCGAACGCCCCUAGCAGUCCGAGGAAUACUGCAGGGUUUGCCCCUUCUCAAUCACAGGCUAUUCGCAAUGUUUCGACAGAGCAGGCUCAAGCGAAACAGGUCCCGGAAAAGUCGGGUGAUCUCCUGCAGGAUUCCGAUGUAGAUGAGGUUGAGCGGGAUUUGGCUGGAUCCGAGGAGAUGGCCGGAGAUGAUGGAAGCUUUGACGAUGAUGAAAUGGGCGAUAGGAUGUCGAGCAGUCCCAGCAUCGCUGACGGUGCGUAGUGUUGCUGUUGUUUUUGGCCGCUGCUGGAAGGUGGGCUAAUUGAUGGGUGUCUGUGGGCGAUAGAGGAUAUUGACUUUGAGAUGGUUUAUGCUUUACACACGUUCACUGCUACGGUCAAGGGUCAAGCAAAUGCCACCAAGGGAGAGCACAUGGUGCUUCUAGAUGAUAGUAAUUCCUACUGGUGGUUGGUCAGAAUUGUUCGUGACGCUUCGAUAGGUAAAAAUGCCUGCAAGAUGCACCGCUGUCGUAAUUCCUGCUGACAUCUGACGCUUGCUUGUUUGUUUAGGAUACCUUCCGGCAGAGCAUAUUGAAACACCUACGGAGCGAUUGGCACGCCUAAACAAGCACCGCAAUAUAGAUCUGGCAUCAAACAUGCUCAGCGAUAAUGCUCACGAAAAAUCAAAGAACCCUCUUCGGAAGGCUAUGCGUCGUCGCAAUGCUAAAACCGUCACCUUCAGCCCUCCGACAUAUGUUGAAGCAUCGGAAUAUGAAUACUCCACUGAUGGAGAGGAAGGGGAGCGCGAAUAUUAUGCUGAGGACGAGGGGCAGGACCAGGAGAGGGACUCUAACGAUAUUGAGCGUGUGGAUUCUGGUGGAGCGUCCAGCGAUGAGCGAUCCAGAUCAGCACCGGAUUCAAGAAAUAGUAGCGAUACCCCCCGGGAUGACGGGGAUGUAAAAGUCCGGAAGAAUCCUGCCCCGGCCUCUUUGAGACAUCCCGACUCGGCCGUCUUUAGUGACGACAAAACCGAAACCAAGAAGCUUACCUUGACCCCAAAUCUUCUGCGCGACGACGCCACCACCUCGGUUGAUCAUGUCCGAGGCCGAUCGUCAAUGGAAAAAUCGUCGAAACGGGACGAUGGUAUUACCUCGCCUCAACCUGGCAGCAAGGAUUCUAGGAAGGCGAAGAAGGGUGGAAGUGUACUUGGUAAUUUGUUCAAGAAGAGGAACAAGAAAGGGAGAAAGGACGACGAAGAUGAUCUGGAGGAAUGGCUUCAUAGCGGUGAUAGGGCUGAUAAGCAGAACGCUAGCAUCAGUUCUAGAGAGUCCGAGGAUAGCCAAAUGGAGAGUGUGAAGAAGGACAAGGAGGAAUUUCACCGGCGCGAGGAGCAACGAAGACAGCAAGCUCAGCAAGCUCUGCAGAAACAGCUACAGCAGCAGCAACGGGAACGGGAACGGGAAGGCCCCCGAAAACCGACCGUCAACACCGGAGCACCUUCGACCAUACGCAGGGUUGAGUCCGAUGGUUCGCCAAAGAGUGCCGAUAGGGAGAAUAUGGACGAUGUGCAGGUUCAUGGCCCGACAGCUCUUCAAAAGCAAUCCGUUGAACUUCACCGUAGUGAUUCUGCCUCCAAGCCACUUUCUGUGUAUGCUCCUUCCGGUCGAAAGAGGUCAACAUCCUCUGAGCGUCGCGGCGGGGAAACGGAUAGAGGCCCUCCAGCUGAAGUGAAGCCUAUUACCAUGCAUCCUCUUGCUGAACCAAAGGCCUUAGAAACCGCUGCAAGCAAAGAACCAAUUCGGAAGCCUUCGAGGGAUAACAUGAGACCAGCGUAUGUUCCAAACACUUAUCAACCCGCUCCGCAGCCCAGUAGUUAUAGUAGCAGUGGAAAUGAAUCCGGGGCUAGUGAAAGUGGCAAUGGUCACCAGUUUCCGGAACGCCUUUCUGAAUCGCCCGAGCAUAUUUCAUACCACGAUGCCAUCUCCGACCGACCUGAUAUGCUCGAUCUUUCCAGCAGUUCAGAGAAUACGUCCCCGAUACACUCGUCACCGGAAAUCAUCGAUCGUGCAAAUACAUUGGAGUCAUCCUCACCUGAAUCUCAUGCAAUGACCCGCACUUGGUCAGAUUGGAGCCUAAGGACAUACUUUGAGGAUGAUAACGAUGUUAGGGACAUGUUGAUCGUGGUUCAACAGGACAAAAGCAAUGGCUCCACACCUAAGAAGGAGCAUCCGGACAUUGGUCCACUUUUUGAAGAUGCCGGCACCAAACUUGCAGACAUUACAAAGGUAAAAGCUCGCUCACUUUCUCAAAUUGCCUGGCGCCCGACUAACCGUUUGAACAGCGUCUUGACGGAAUGCUUGGCGACUGGCUACAACGUAAAGGCCGGGCUAGGCCUUAGCUUAGCGGCUUUUAUCUUUAGGUUUCUCCAUUGCUUUUUUUCCCCCCUCAAUAGCAACUACCAUCCUCCCACAUCUUUCCUUUUUCAAGUUUUACCUAUUUUCCUUUCGUUGGAGUUGUGUCUUUAUUUUGCUUUACUUCUGGUUAUCUUAUCUCGGAGGAGGAUGUCAAAUGGGAGAGCUGUAACUUAUUUUUAUAAGCGAGAACUAGAGGGAACGUUUGGCAGCAGGGGUGCUGGUCGAAAAUCGCAGCUUUUCCGGCUUCUUUAUCCUAUUCCCUUAUUUCCAUUGCUAUUGCUAUCGGACGGAGUUUUGUGCAACGCAGGAUACCCGCAAGCUGUGUUGGCGGGUCUUUUCUUCUUUUUUUUCUCCCUUUCCCUUUGCGUUUCCCUUUUCCUUCUCUCUUUUUUCUUUUCUUCUUCCAUCUACCGGCGGCGCUGGGCUGGCUAUUUACACCCUCCCUUUCCUUCCUUUGUCCCGGUGUUUGUUCCCUUUUCCUUCUUGAUUAAUUAUACAUUGUGGAUGGGAUAGUCGUAUCUCGAUGGGAUGUUAGGAGUGAGAGGGAGAGAGGUGCUGGGAGUAAGAGGGAUGGAAGCUUAUGAAUAUGUUUGGAAUGAUUGAAUAACCCAGCCCGUGUUCCCGUCUGUCCGCGUGUCCACUCUGUUCACGGGCAAAACGUCUGUCGGGGCCAUCGAAUAACCUUGACAUCGAACCCGAUCUCUGUAUGAUUUGGGGAGGAAAAGGGUUGAUAUUUUACAUCAUGAAUUAUCACUCAGUGAUGGGGCAUCGCAGCGUUAUCGUGGCAAACGGGAGAAAUUCUAUUUUUGAGCUGUGCGAGUGACU